AUGAGGUGCCAAGAGUGUGGGAAUAAAGCAAAGAGGGAUUGUUUGUACUAUAGGUGUCGAAGUUGUUGUAAAGGACGUGGAUUUGAGUGUGAAACUCAUGUUAAGAGUACUUGGGCACCGGCUUCUUCCACCAAGCACCAGGUUUCAGCCGAUUACUCCACUCAUAUAUCUCAUCAUCAUCAAGAAGAAGAAGAACAACAUGGUCAGCAACUGCAUCUUCCAUCAUCAUCAUCUGAUAUGUGUGUUUGUGCGUGUGAAGGACAGUUUCCGACAAAGAUGGUUGGUGAGAGUACAUUCACAUGUGUACGCGUGACAUCAACAUCAGAAGAAAAUGCAAUUGUAGAUCAAUAUGCAUAUGAAACAUCGAUAAAUAUAGGAGGCCAUGUGUUCAAAGGCAUUCUAUAUGAUCAAGGACCUUCUCAUCAGAUGAUGAACUUUCAAGAUAGGAAUGCAGAUGGUGGAGAUCAACAGAAUUCCACCAUCAACAUCCAAUCUGACUCACAACCACUUGAUAAACCUAGGCCUUCUUCCCCUCCCGACUUCUCCUUUGAUAUCUACCCGCACAUUAAAUAA